UCUCCUUGUGUUGUUGUUCUUCCUGCUUGUCGGAAGGAGUGGGGCUGUGCUGACGGCUGGGAGGACGAGAGGAGCCACAAGAAAGACUUGGGAAGAGAUAAGAAGAGAAAGAGAAAAGGCCGUGGGUUCCACCGUCCGUCGGGUUAGGCAUCAACCACCUACAGAUUACAACACCGUCUGACCAGUCACUAAACCGGGGGUGAAAUGUCGUCGUCUACCAGUCGUCAGUUUAGCGAGAGCAGGGUCAUUCCGACCAGGACGGUGUUGAUCAACGAUACAACGCAGCUACCUCAUGACUAUUGCACAACCCCAGGAGGCACUUUAUUUUCGACCACUCCGGGAGGGACCCGGAUCAUCUACGACCGUAAAUUCCUGUUGGACAGGCGUAACUCCCCCAUCGCCCAGACCCCCCCGGCUCACCUGCCCAUCAUUCCCGGGGUGACCAGCCUCAACGUCCUGACCGAGAACGGGAGGAACGAGGUCAACAACCGCAUCAAACCCAACAACAGUCAUGGCAAGACAGCCACUGGUGAGGACGCUCAGUUUGAGAUGGACAUCUAACCACCCCUGAGGAACCUCAACGGAACAACAGAAGAAGGAACUAACCUUGUACCUGUGCUGUGCACCAGUGGCUUGGCUUGUAGAAACCAAUGUUGUGAGCCCUCACGUCACUCAUGGCAGCCAUCUUCUUUAGCUCUCUGUCUCGCUGUCUCGCCGUUGCUGGGUGUGAUGUAUGUAAACCAUGUGGAUAAACUAUACCAUAUAAUACGGUGGCUCUGUUUCGAUGUCCAUGCUAGGAUACCACUUAGAAUGAAGCAAUGUAUUUAACAUGUAUUCCCCUAAGUGGUAUAGUUGUGGGAUAUUGGAAUGCAGUCUUCAUGUACUGUAGCCAACUCUUCUAUCGUUGUCAAGCCAUAGUUUGGCUUGACAACGAAACUACACAGAGGCGUUGGCUACAGUACAAAGCAACUGGGCUACCAGGCUAUGGCCAACCCUGAGACCUAGUGGAAGACUGCUGGUCUAUUCGAACUGGUCUCAGGGUUACAACUGGCAUAUUUGUAUGUACUUCAGCCACACAGAAAGAGAAAGGGUCUGAAAACAAGGUAACCAGAGAUAUUCUUACCCAUUAACUAAAUGUUGAUGCCCAAGUCAAUGCAGUAAUCUAAGAUGUCCAUUCUGUAUGUCUGUACUACCAGAGCACACUGUAAACAAAGCCUUCUUUACCAAUUCAGACUUUUUAUAAUGGGGCCCAGGAAAUUGUGCAACAUUUACUACUUGUACUACUUUGUAGAGCAAAGUACCGGCCUUAGAAUCUUCAGUCAAAGGGAUUGAUAUAAACAAAUAGUUUGGUUUACAUUUUCAUUUCUUUUUUAAAUGACUGAAUAUGCUCCAAGGUCUCAUAGCUGCCUGUUUUGUAGUACGUUAGGUUACCAACAAUUAAAUUAAUAUGGACGAUGUGACAGAUUUUUUAUUCUUCAGAUUAGCUGAGAAUUUCAUCGUCAUUCCAAGCCUUGAAUUAUCCAUCACCAAUACAAGUCUGACUUUAUGUUGUGAUUUGGGUCUUUUUUGGGGGAUUUUAUGAAGAUUGGGCUUUUGGUUUGUGGUGAUGAUUUGAUAGAUUUGCAAAUGGAAGGAGCAAAUUAAUUGAUACAUUACUUACAAGACAAUAGUUAGGUUUAAACAGUCUGAUAUUUGCUGCAUUUGAAUGAACUACAUAAACUGUUGAAGAACACUGAGAUUUAUUAGAAAAUGAGACAGGAAAAAGUUUGAAAACAUGAAUCGUUUCCAACAAUUUUUCUAUGCAUUUUAUUACAUACAUUACUUCUAUCUUGACAUUUAACUUUUUUCAAUGUCAAAUACCAAAUGGACAUGAAAGGAAGAGCUGAGACCAUUUUUUUCAUCAGGCGUUGAUACUGUAUUACAGAUAUCCCUCGUUUAGGUAAUAGACUACACUUCCACCGUCUUUCUUACCUUAAUCUCUUCUUCUUUCAGUCUACUGUGCUAAGUGUCUCUACCCCAUGCCUUACGCAUUACAUACCAAGAUAAAAGGUUGCGACUAAAAUGGAGUUCCUUGUCUACUGAUUCAAAUGACCCUCAACCAGAAAAUAGAUAUAUUUUAAACAGACUUUUAUGUUUGUAUUUAGCACUUGAAAAUAAAUAUUUUUUUAAAUACAUUUUUUAAAGACAGUUUUAUUUUGUUAUUCAGUUUCUUUUUCUUUCAGCAGCUAAGACUAUGGGCUUUCUAAAAGGGGAGGCUUUGAAUCAUGGCCAUUAUUGUUUUAGAUGAUCGUACUGUUACCAUAACUAAAACUGUCAGCAAUUAAACCACAUUUUCAUUCCAUCUCUGGGUCAUCUCUUAUUCAGAUUAUAUAUAUAUAUAUAUAUAUAUAUAUUAAAUGUAAUUAUUGGAUUUGAUUGAAGGAGAGAAACCGUUAUUUGGCUUUAUGAGAAAUUAUGAAAUCCCAGUCUAUUAAUGUGGAAAAUGUUUAUAGUGUUAAACAUAUGGAGCGAUUGUAUCCAUUUUGAAUUGCACAUGUUUCUGUUGGAUUAGGAUUGUAUCUUUUUGUUUUGAAGUAGGCCUGCAGCAAUUGUUUUAUGGGAAACCAGCUUGAGGCCAGUUUUGUUCUACAUGGAGGGCUUUUUUUCAUUUGUAUUUUUUUCCUAAAAAAGAUUUGAAACAAGAAACCUAACUUCUGUUUUACGAUUUGAAAUAACUUUAUUUUCAGAGAAAUGCCAAUGCCAUUGGACACUGUUACAGCAAGAUCAAUAAAGUUCCUUGAAGAUUA